AUAAUAAAGGUUAAACACACUAUAUUAUGCACAAUAGAUCAUCGACAAUUUUCAUUACGGCUGAGGAUUUUUGCAUAGCGUGUUAAUUAUUUACUAAUACUAAAUAAGAAUCAUAAUGGCCCGAUUAGUAACAUUUCUUUCGUUACUUGCUUUAGCUUUUGCCCACCCACAUCAGAAGCAAAGUGUGGGGUUUAUUAGAAAUUAUCCAGUACCUCUUUCUCAAGGAAACGAUGGCAAAGUCGUAGGAGGAAUUGACGCAGAUCCUGGCGAAUUUCCGUAUCAAGUUUCCAUCCAGGUCAAACCAAUCUUUGGGGACAGAUACCACAAUUGUGGAGGCAUAUUGAUAAACCCGACCCAUGUAAUAACUGCAGCUCACUGUGUCGAAGGUCAAAUUCUGAACCAAGUUUCUAUAAUCGCUGGCGCUCAUAACAUGAAAAUUGGCGAAAUCAAUCAACAACUUCGUAUCCCUAAGCGUCUGAUUUGGCACGAUAAUUUCGACAAUGAAAUUUUGUAUCAUGACGUUGCCGUCAUCACUGUGACCGAACCGUUCGAGUUAAACGAGUGGGUACAAACACUACCAAUUUCCGAAGAGGGAUUUAACCACGCUGGAGAAUGUGUGAAUACAGGAUGGGGAAAUACCAAUCCUGCCGAUUACCCAAUUACUAUUCCUGACGCCCUGCAAAAGAUUACACUGGAAAUAUUUCCAAGGUCUAAUUGCACUGCUGCCUUCAAUGGUCUUAACCCUGUUGAUGACACAAUGGUUUGUGCGAGAGGGUUGGACGAUGACAGUUCUAAAGGAGCAUGCAACGGCGACUCCGGGGGCCCAUUAGCCUGUUUGGACGGAAACAAUCAAACAUAUCUCGCAGGGAUAGUGUCAUGGGGCAUGAAUCCAUGUGGACAGUAUCGCUACCCCUCAGUGUUUGCAGAUGUAGCAAACAAAGAGAAUCGUGAUUUCUUGGUGCUGGAAUUAGCAAGACCGUGAAAGGAUUAUUUAUUAUUACAAUAUUUAUGAAUAAAAUUUAUUAUAGUGCGUUAGA